GAAAACCGCAUUCAUUUUGAACCUGGUGAUUACACAUUCUGGUAAAUUUGUAUUUAUCACACACAAUCAAGUCGUGGGUAUUUGAUACAAAUGAAUGUACAUGUAUAUUUUUUCUUCGUUAUAAUCCGCAUAGGAACACCAACUUUAGAUUUGGGGACAGGGAACACAGUAGUACCAGAUAAUGGUAGGCAGAUUUUAGGAACUGCAACUACCUGCUUCAGCUCCACCCCUACAUUUAUAUGGGAAUUAGUGUCAGAAGAUGGACGUUCUUCCCUCUCACAGCUCCAAGGAGGACCAGUCGCUGCAGUAGGUGGUGGAAGUUGUGGCGGUGGUAGUAGUUUGUACGCUGGAUCUGUUACUGUUUCUUAUAGUAAGGCCGAGUUUGUAGCAGUGUUUGGACAGACAGUGCGGGUACGUCUCACGAUCAACAACAAUACCGGGAUUUCUACCACCUCUACUGGGACUCUGUCAUUUAUAGUUUACUACAAUUUGACUGGGUCUUCCCCAGCUGCUACACUGGGACAGCAGUUCACAUGGACUUGUCAUAGAAAGCCUAAUCCAAACGAUACUGUUCCUGGUGUUAAAUUCUUCAGAAAUGAGAAAGAUGUUGGUGGAGCUGCAGAGAUAUCAGGAUGUCAAUUGGCAGCUACUAAUACCAGAUACAGUGUUGGUUGUAUCUCAGAGACAGAGUACACUCUUACCAUUCCAAGUCAAAAUAUGGCAGAGUACGAACAAAACUCGCUGUGGAGGUGUGGAUACUAUGAUAGACUAACAGCUUACAGCAGUGUACAGAAACGUCUCAUAAUAGCAAUUGAUGUCAGCAGUGUGACUCUGGAUCCCCCUGACAACCCUCUUACGCUGACAGAGGGAUCACAGCGUGAAGUCCGGUGUACUGUCAACUCCAACGCCUUCCCUACACCAACGUAUGCUUGGUUUAUUGACACGAGAGAUAUAACCAGCACAGCGGGAUCUGAUACUUCUGUCAGCAUCACAGGAAGUAAGAUAGACAAUGGAAAGGCACUCCGAUGUCAGGCAACCAAUAAUAACAGACCAAAGAACGGCAGUACUGUCCUCAAUAUUACAUAAAAAUCAACUACAAGUGUUACCCCAUCUAGUCCUUACCAGAUCAGAGAAGGUGAUACAGCGGUGAUAUCGUGUGUAGUGACAGACGCGAAUCCCAACACUGGGAUUAGAUGGAACUGGACAAAGACAGGAGACCCUGCUGUCUCAUACACGGAUCAGAACUACACAAUUCCUAACAUACAGAGAGGUCAGAGAGGAUAUUACCAGUGUACAGCUACAAACUCUAUAGGGACUUCUCUACCAGCCACAGUACUGGUAGA